CCCGAUGUUCGAGCCAGCGACUCUGGCACUGGCUAUGCACAACCAGUUGGUGACUGCAGCAAACAUGCCUCCACCACCAUCUCUUUCGCCCCCCUCACGCAGUGAUGAGCGACACCAGAUGACAGAUAUUUCCGAGAGUGGGGAGGAGAGCGUCAGUGGAGGCAGCGGGCUCCUGCGCAGUCAGACACCGCCUCCUAGCCAGCAGUCCCCGCUACUACCGUCCAGCAACGGGAAGAAGAAGCGAAAGAAAAGGAGGCACAGGACGAUCUUUACAAGUUACCAGCUUGAGGAGCUGGAGAAGGCCUUCACAGAUGCCCACUAUCCCGACGUAUAUGCCCGAGAGAUGCUGGCUCUCAAAACGGACCUCCCGGAAGACCGUAUCCAGGUCUGGUUCCAGAACCGCCGAGCCAAGUGGCGGAAGAGGGAGAAGUGCUGGGGGCGGAGUAGCGUCAUGGCUGAGUACGGACUGUACGGCGCCAUGGUCCGGCACUCACUCCCGCUGCCGGAAAGCAUCCUCAAGUCGUCGGAAAAAGGUGAUGGAGAGUGCUGCGCGCCCUGGCUGCUCGGUAUGCACAAGAAAUCACUGGAAGUGGCCGAAAAAAUAAAGGACAAUCAGGACCGGCAGCCCAGAGACGAAGAUGUCGGGUCCCCACCUCCGAGUCAGCAGGAUAAACCCUGCUACGAGGACAAGGACCAGAUCCGGUCCAACAGCAUUGCCUCCCUGCGCGCCAAGGCCAUCGAACACACCUCCAAGAUCCUGGGCCAGACUGCGUCUGCUCCCCCGAGCCGCCGGUUGGAGUCCCCAGCCCCGCGGGGGGAGGAGGACGGGGCGACGCGGCGCAGCGGUAGUGACGACGACGACGCCGGAGGCGAGAAGAGUUCGUCCUCAUCAGCACCGGAGUCGUCGGACACCGAGCCGAGCGCUGAGCGCUCAAUGGCGGGUGACAAGCAUGAACGCGGCCGGUUACUUGGCAUCGGGCACUCCGCCGGCCUGGAGAUGUUUUCAUUGCACUGA